AUGCGCUGGUCACUCAUUGUUAAGCUCAAAGCGCACAUUCCACCAAACCACCCGGCACAUCCAGCGUACUCCAGCACAGUCGUACCUCAAGUACAGGGCAACAUGAGCAGGCUCAGUGGUGCAAGUUCAUCUGCCUCACCGACCAAACGAGAUGUCUCAGACGUCGAGAUUCCUACGAGGAAGCUCCGGCGACGCAACCCAAAGAAGACGUCGCCAUCACCCGAAAAGUCGUCGAUAUCAGAACCAGCACUUCCAGCAUCUUUGAAGGCCGCGAUUCUGGCAAAGCGUAUAGAGUGGCUUGAAGCGAACAAAACGGGUGGUGAGGCGGUAGCAGAUCAGAUUGAAGAACAGCUUGAAGUGCUGGAGCAGCGAGCACUUUCGCUGAAUGCGACCGCGUUCCGAACGUGGCGAAAGCGCGCGUAUCUGGACGAGAAAGGAAAUGCCGUUUUGUGA